AGGGGAGGAGAAGUUACAGUAAAACAAUCAAGAAACGUUUCUGUUGUUGAUGGAUAGUUUUCAAGAAUGGGGGUGUUAAGUUAGUUUUGUAGCCGCUGGCCGAACCAUAACAAAAGUUCUUUUUUUAACAAAUAUAAGAAUGAAUGUUAAUUUUUAAAAUACCAAUUUGCCUAACUACUUGAUGGAAUAAUAAAUCCUAUAAUCAGAAAGUAAACAUAGUAGUACUCAGUAGUAGUAGUAGUACUGCUACUAGUACUAACGUUGGGUAAUGUUGUCGUGUUGCUGAUACAACUACUUAUACUAUAGUACUAAAAACUAGCAGUAGUUCACAUUUGUUUUCAACGUGUAGAUAACAAUAACUAUAUAUAUACUACUAAAUGCAACUACUAAAUAGACUUAGUUGCUAGCACUAGUAGCGAGGCAAAGGGCCUUGGCGUAACAUCUUUUCGUCAUUGUUAGGCCUAAUCGAGUUUCUUCAGUUUAUAUUAUAUAUUACAACUAAGCAAAGAACUAUCCGUAAGGCGUGGUCGAACACAGUGUUUAUAUUUUACAUUGCAACUAGUCCUAGGUUAUGGCGACAACUCGAAUUCAUGGAUGGCAUGAGUCGUCAUCUACCGAGUCAGAAAGUUCCAAUUCCCAGGAUACUGAGCCACCGAGACUACUUCGUCUUCGGGUUGUAGCUGGGCAUGAUUUGGCUAAAAAGGAUAUCUUUGGGGCAAGUGAUCCAUAUGUUCGAAUUGAUCUAAUGAGAACUGAAACAGAGACUCGAGAUACAGACAGAGAAGAAGAAAGUGUAAUUGACUCGGUCUACACUAAAACAAAAAAAAAGACUUUGAAUCCGAGGUGGGAUGAAGAAUUCAUUUUUAGGGUUAAACAUACUCAGCACAAGCUGGUGUUAGAAGUUUUCGACGAGAACAGACUGACAAGAGAUGACUUUUUAGGUAUGGUUGAACUGCCUCUUCAGAAUAUUCCGUCGGAAAAACCUGGACGUAACAUUCCUUUCAAGUACUACAUCCUCCGACCUCGCAGUCCUAGGUCAAGAGUCAAAGGCCAUCUAGAAGUUUAUCAUGCCUUCUUGCCUUGUGAAGAUAGUGACAAUGAGACAACUUCAAAUCAAGAAAAUGAGGCUGGUUGGGAUAUAGUUGACUCUGAAACAAGCAGUGUUCAGGAAGAGGGUCCUGCUCAGCCCGUAAUGAUGCCAUCUUCAACAACAGCCCCUCCUUCUCUUCCCACUGGAUGGGAGGAACGUCAAGAUGCAAAUGGCAGGACGUACUAUGUGAAUCACGUAGCUAGAACCACACAAUGGGACAGACCCACAGGAGCAACACCCAUAGAAGAACAAGUCCAACAACGUAGCUUGGCUUCAGCACAAGAAUUUAGAAGAAGAGUUCACAUUAGUGUAGAUCGAUCUGACGAAAAUGAAAGAAGGGACAACUCUGAAACAUUAAGUCAAAUAUUGGAAUCUCAAAGAGCUGAAACCCCUAAUAAUAGGAGACAUUCUGAGCCAAUUCCAGCAAACAUGGUUUCGCAGUUGACAAACCUUCAGAUUUCUUCGGAAGGUCUUCCUGCAGGGUGGACCAUGCAGGUCGCUCCUAAUGGACGUGUAUUCUUCAUUGAUCACAACCUAAAGUCUACCACAUGGGUUGAUCCUCGGACUGGCAGACCUAGCCCGCUGCCAAAUCAGAACAAUGUUCCAAAUAGGCCUAGAUUUGACAGUGUGGAUGAUCUUGGCCCACUACCGGAAGGGUGGGAAGAGCGUGUCCACACCGACGGUCGAAUAUUUUUCAUUGACCACAAUACAAGGACUACACAAUGGGAGGAUCCUCGACUAAGCAACCCAAACAUUGCUGGUCCUGCAGUGCCAUAUUCUCGUGAUUACAAACAAAAGUAUGAAUACUUAAAGACGAAACUUCCUAAGCCUAGCAAUGUCCCAAAUAAGUUUGAAAUAAAAGUUUCCCGUGCCAGUAUCUUGGAAGAUAUGUAUCGAAUUGUAUCCAGUGUCUCUAGAGUAGACUUACUGAAGACAAAACUGUGGAUUGAGUUUGAUGGAGAAGAGGUCUUAGACUACGGAGGAGCAUCUCGUGAAAUGUUCUUUCUGCUGUCUCGUGAGAUGUUUAAUCCUUACUACGGACUCUUUGAAUAUUCUGCUGCAGAUAAUUAUACACUCCAAAUCAAUCCUUUUUCUGGCUUGUGUAAUGAAGAUCACCUCUUGUAUUUUAAGUUCAUUGGAAGGAUAGCUGGAAUGGCAAUUUAUCAUGGAAAACUUUUAGAUGCUUUCUUCAUUCGUCCAUUUUACAAGAUGAUGCUCGGGAAAGAAAUUAAAUUAAAAGAUAUGGAAUCAGUGGAUACUGAAUAUUACAACUCGUUACUGUGGAUCCUAGAAAAUGAUCCAGCUGAGCUGGAGUUGACCUUCUCUGUAGAUGAAGAACUCUUUGGCAAAAUGCAGCAAAGGGAACUUAAACCAGGAGGUGCCAACAUCCAUUUAAAUAAAGAAAAUAGGCUUGAGUAUAUAAAUCUAGUCAUCCGGUGGAGAUUUGUAUCCCGAAUCCAGCCUCAGAUGAAUGCCUUUCUUGAAGGUUUUAAUGAUAUCGUUCCACUCUCUCUUAUCAAAUUGUUUGAUGAGCAUGAAUUGGAGCUGCUUAUGUGUGGGAUUGGAAAAAUUGAUGUUAAAGAUUGGAAGAAUAAUACAGUCUACAAGGGAGGUUAUCAACCCAAUCACAUCGUAAUUCAGUGGUUCUGGCGACUUCUGUUAUCUUUUAACAAUGAGAUGAGAGCAAGACUGCUUCAGUUUGUAACGGGAACAUCUCGGGUCCCUAUGAAUGGUUUCAAGGAAUUGUACGGAAGCAAUGGCCCCCAGCUCUUUACUAUUGAGAAGUGGGGAAAUGUUGAAAAUCUGCCUCGCUCACACACAUGUUUUAACAGGCUGGACCUUCCUCCAUAUGAGAGCUACCAAGAUCUUCGGGAUAAGUUGAUCCAGGCAAUAGAAGGAUCAGACACUUUUGGGGGUGUGGAUUAGGCUAUCUGACUUAAUGUCAGAAGUUCACUUAAGUUAACGGAGGAGUUUUGUGUAUAAUUUUUUCUCUGAAAUAAUAUAUACUUUUUACUUAAAAAUUUUCAGCCAAUUCUCCUUGGGCUGGUAGUUCAUCAGUAUGUAUAUUAAUAAAAAUGAGAGAAUGAAAUUUCCAUUGGUGUUAAGCAGUCUUUUUUAAUCGUUCCCCCGAGGAUAAUUCUGGUACGUGAUGUUUGCUGCCUUGUGAAUUACAUCAGGAAUUUAGAAUUUACUUGUUAAUACAGAUUGUAAAGGUUUACGGUUUGUAUUUUAUAAUAUGGUUUGAUUUUUGUCUAACCAAUAGACUGUGGUACAUGGACCCAUUUAUUAUUAUAUUAAAUAGUUACUUAGAAUUUAUUCCAGAGAAGAUGUUAUUGUAAAAAAAAGCCUACAUCUGAUUGAUAUCACUGUAUGUAAAUAAUCUUUGUAAAUCAUAAAAUUGAGUUUGAUUAAAUGGAUUGUGUUUGUAUAUUUUGCUAAAAUUCUGGUGAUUUAGCAAAAUCCAGUGGAGUAAUUUUUCACAUCAUUGCAGCUUUUAGUGUUAGCUUUUAAUAUUGUGGUUGAUAUACAAGAUUAUUGAGUAAUUGUUUUUGUGUUCUGAACAGCAACAACCAAACCUAAAGAAUGUUUCUAAAUCUGUAUUUCCACCUAGGUAUCCAUUACAUAUUUUUUACGUAUAUUUAGAAUAUGCUGUUAUGAAAGACCAUCAUUCAUAAUUCUAAACCUUUCCACUACUGUUGAGAAGUAGUGGUUAUAUUCAGACAUAUUUUCUAAGAAUCUGCUAGUCAUUAAGAUAUAUAUAGAGAAACUUUUUUUUUUCUCGUAACGAGGCAGUAUUUUGAUAAAAGCUUGAUAUUUUUUCAAACUCUGGGAAUACAAAUAGCCAGACUAAAAACUGGUACUAUACAAGCUGCAAAGAAUAAAGUUCAGCUGAAACUAUCCAGUAUUAGAAAUUUAUUUCUCGUCAAAUAUUAUAAGCAAAUUUCUAAUUUUUAGGUUACGCCUCCUAACAAGAUGUCAUGUAUUUGCAUAAAUAACUAGAACUUUCUGAGUUAUAAGUAGAUCCACAUAUUUUGUGCCUAAACGUUGAAGAUCCAGCUCUGCUUUGUUCAUUAUACAUUUAUAGAUGUAUUGGUGAGUUUUACUUUCCUAGUUAAGUUUGAGAUGUCUGUGUGUAGUUCAACGGAACAGCAUGGCUGGAUUCCUGUAUGGAUAUCAAAAUAAGAAUUCUUGUGCUUGGAUUGCCUUGCAUUGAAAAUUUCCUAAAAAUAGUGUUUAAUCAAUGAAAAUAUUUACUUCUGUUGUUUUAAAAGAUUAUUUGUUUAUUUCCACCUUAAAUAUUUUAAGGUAGACUUAUAAUUUUCUAUUCUGAUCACAGAAGUUAUUUUUGCUGUGUGCUAUCAGUCUGCUUGUAAGAUGGUCUGUUUUUUACAUCGUAGUGUUUAUUUAUGGUUCGGCCAAGCUUUUAAUAUGUAUAGAAGGUUAUCUUUUUUAAAUAUGAAGAUGAUUCCCAAAGAUGAUCCUUAGCUUAAAAUACAAAAACAUUUCUUUCAUUGUCAAGUAAGAUACAACUCUGUAUACCUUCUCAAGAAUAAAGACAGUCUUCUUAGAUAUUUUUUUUUAAUAGAGAAAUUAAUUUUAUAAUUAUUGUUUAAACACAAGGGCUUAUAUGUGUUAGGAUAUCUAGCAACCUAUAAUUAACCCAGAAAACUGGACAUUAAGAUUUGAAGAAUGAUGUAUGAUUUGUAAAUCUCUGAGGUGAAAAAAAAAGGUUUUGAGCUUUCUGUUGACAGUUGUUCGAAUUACAUAUGUAAUCUUGAUAGAAGGAAGACUGGAAUGUGUGGACUUUUAGCAUCAGUAUACAGCUAUAUGAUCAUAUAGAUUUUAUUUUAAAAUGGGUGUUUUUUAAAGCGUUUAUCCAGUCCAAUCACUUAAGAUAUUCAUAACUGAUGUUCCUUUUUAAAGACAUUAUACUUAAGUUUUGAAAGGGUAAACAGAAUUAAAUAACAAAUGGUAUACAAUUACUGAGAAAUAUAUGCUACUGUUGAUACAGAAACAAAGUAGCCAGAUAAAUUGUUUCUUUAUUACAUACUUUAAAUAAUGUAGUUUUGGCAAACAUAUGUUAUAGUCCACGUUUGAAUCAACUGUACAAAACAGGUUUUCAAUUUUUUUCUUUGAUUAGAAUUUCGUCUGUUACAUAUCAAAACACCAAAUAAGAAUGUUUGCAAGUUCUACAGAGAUUCGAGAGCUAUUAAAAUAAAACUUUCAGAGUCUACUGUGUUUAGAUUUUGAAGAUUAUUUUUAUUGUUUGGCUUGCUAAAGGUGUAUGAAACUCCCGUUAAAACAUCAGAAAUGUUAAUUUUGCAAUCCACGAGAAUUUAAAAGAACUUCAUUGGUAAUUUUAUGUUUUUCGUCAAUUUUUGUGUAUUUUUCUCAUAGCAGUUUAAACACUUUUAAAGUAGAUAGUACAAAGAAUUAUUCUGACAGACGUUAAGUGUGCACCAUUUGCAUUAAACUUGUUAUUUUUGUGUUUAUUAAAACAAUAGUUUUUGGAUAUUAUCUUUUCUAUUGUUUAGUUCGUAUAAUGUCAUACCUAUUCUAGAAAUAGAAUCAUCUUUACUAUUUAUAAAUAUUGUUAUGUCUGGAAUUCAGGAUUCACCAUUUGUUUUUAUAACUGAAAUAUCUCUUUAAAUAUUCAUAUUUACUUGGUGGUAGUUAUAAUUUUUAUGGUGUGUUAAUUAAGGUACGAAAAAAUUUAUUUACAGUUAUUCGAAUUUACAGUGAUUAUAGUAGAAGACUUUAGUGACCUUUUAAGCAUCAAUGGUGGAAAAUAUUAAAAUCCUAUAUUAAAUAUUAUCCAGCUUCUGAUUAUUUUAAGAUUAUCAGAUUUGUUUCUGUGUUAAAAGACCAGUAAAAAAAUUCGAAAAGGUGGACAUUAACUUUCAAGCACCCUCAACAGUAACAGCAAGACUGAUUUUCUUUUAUUGUUCCUAUAUUCAUUAGAGAAUUGGGAGAGUAAAUGUUUAAUGAUAUAUUCAGAGUUGCUCCUGAUCUGCCUAAUUAUAAUUCAUUAUCAAACAAAGAUGUUUAGCCCUAUACAGUACUGUUUUUAUACUUAAUUCUCUAUGGUUGAACUUUGGGUAACAUUUUAAAUCUAUAAAAACGGGAGUAACUUCUCAACUAGAAUCUUAUUUGUGUUCAGAGUAGCAUCAAUAAAUCUAAAGUCUGACACUUGCAAAAUGAACAAAAUGAAAGUGUUUCUAAUCUAAACGUGUUAUUAGACUUGAGACAAUCAUAAUUUAUUUAAUUCUUAAUACGAUUUCUUCAUAAUUAAUGUAUAGCGAAAGAUAAAGUUUAAUUUUCUAGAUGUAUUAAAGUUUGAUAUUUUUUUUUUUAUACACUGCAUCUACUAAAUCAUGUUGAUUUAUGAUUCAGAAAACCUGUUAAAAUCUUGCUUGCAUGACUUUGCUGUAAGGUAGUUUACUCAUUGAAGUUUUGUACAGUCAAAUGGUUCAGAUUUAUUUCUCCUAUGAUUAGAUUCUAUCCUGGUGGUGUUUCGUGUGCGCAUUACAAAACCGAUUAAAACGUUUUAUUAAGGCCUAUCUAUGGCCUACAAAAAGUUGACUCUACAUGUUUCGACGUUACAAUGACGUUGUAACGUCAAAACAUGUAGAGUCGUCAACUUUUUGAAGGCCAUAGAUAGGCCUAAAUAAAAAAAUUUUUAAAAUUGUGUACCAGUUUAACGUUGAAUAUUAUGUAUGAUUUUAAUGUUCAAAUGAGUUUAAACCCUUUAUUUGUAAACAAUAUAUAAGCUAUGUAAAACAGUUUAUUGAAUAUUCAUGUAUAAAAUUUGCUGUGGAAUACUAUCGUUUUCUAGUUUUGGAUAGAACCAUUAAUAAAGACAAAUUUUUAAAGUAUGUUAAGAAUAUUUGUUUCAAUAAGUAUAUUAAAUAUCUUUUAUGACCAUUUAAACACAAUUUUCGUUUUGAAUUGUUGUGAAUAAAAGAUGCUUAUGAUAAGUAUUCUAUUAAAAUGACAAAACCAUACCUCAAAGAAAUUAAAACCUUUGUGAAAAAAACAGCUUGUUCUUCCAUAUAUAAUUACCAGGUAUUAAAAAAAAACAUAUAAACGUUUUCAGAAUUGUGAAUCCUGAAGUUUAAUAAAACUUUUUUUUAAAAUCUCAA